CAAAAGCCAACAAAUGUCCAAUGAAAACCCCGCAAGCUCAGGCGGUCCAAAGUUGGGCUGGUUGCUGGACUUGCUUUCCCCUGAAUUUCUGAACUAACCCAACAGCACACGCGACCCAAAUGCAACCCAACCAGGCUUGAGCCUCAACAGUGAACCAAGCCAACAUCCGAAUUCUAGGCCAAAUAACUCAUGGCCCUGCCGCUUAAACUGGGUCAUGUCUCAUAUCACACCACGACUACAGCACCGAAUCCGGAUCUACUGGCUGAUAGUUUAUUUCAAUCAUAUUACCUACACAUCACACCACGAUUACAGCACCGAAUCCGGAUCUACUGGCUGAUAGUUUGUUUCAGUCAUAUUACCUGCACAUCGCUUGGUACCCUGGCUCAGGUACCAUACUUUACCUAUUACGAAUAUCUUUAACACGUGUGGUGGCGACUCCAGACUUGGCAGAACGUCAUGGGGAACGAACGGGAGAUCCUGAUCGGACUUAUCGGGCUAACGGGGGCGGGAAAGACGACGUUCGCGUCCAGGGCGUCGGGGCGCCAGGAUCUGCACAUCGGCCACGGCGCCGACUCGUGCACACAAUACCCCUACACCGUCUCGUUCCGGCUCGACGGCCACCGCGUGACGCUGAUCGACACGCCGGGGCUCGACGACUCGGCGCGGCCCGACGUCGACAUCCUCGAGUCCAUCGCCAAGUACUUGGCCGACUCGUACGGGCAGGGGCGGCUGCUGGACGGACUGGUCUUCCUCCACCCCAUCACGAUCGGGCGGGUGACGGGCAGCGAGAAUAUGCGGACGCGGGUGAUCAAGGCGAUCCUGGGCGAGGACGCGUUCAAGCGGGUGGCGAUCGCGACGACCAUGUGGGACGCGUUCCGGGCGGACGCGGCGGCGGCCAAGCGGGUGCAGCACGAGGAGCGGCAGGUGGGCAUCUGGCGGGCCAUGUGCGAGCGGGGCGCGACCGUGUUCAAGCACUACGACACGCGCGAGUCGGCGCUCGGCAUCAUCCGGCACCUAUCGCGGUUCGCGGAGCCGGCCGCGCUGAAGCUGCAGGUCGAGCUGGAGCGGGAUAGCCGGCUGCACAUGACGACGGCCGGCCGCGAGGUCGAGAGCCAGCUGCGCGAGCAGAUCGAGCUGCUCGAGAUCCAGCUCGCCGCCAUCCGCCUGCAGAACUACCAGGACGAGCUGGCCGACGAGGACGAGCUGGACGACAAGGACGACGAAAUCAAGGACAUGGAGAAGGAGAUUGACGUCCUCACAGUGCGCAGGGAAAAGCUGCGCGGCACAGUGGUUCGAAUUAAAACCUUCCUUGCCACAAUCUUCACCCGCCGGCCGCGGGGUAAAGUUAGAGUUAGAUGGUGAAGGAGAUUGGAUAGGGGCUGUCAAAAAAUGAAAAUAAAGAUUACGGAUCAUCGUCGAGAAGUUUGCGCCUCAUUUCACGUCGCCCAUAACACUGUCACAUAACACUGUCACAUCGUAGCAGGCAAAGCACUAUAAGCGGACGGAGUAAAAGGCGCUCAAAGCAUCAUUAUUCCGUCUCUUUGUUUGUUGACGCAAAUAAUAU